AAAUCCGUGGAAGUUAGGGAGUUAAUCGAAAAAUUAAUUGUUUACAAAACUCUUAUUUUGACAUAUUGUCGGUCAGUCGCUAUGACGCCAUCUUGUUUCGAUACCUGUCAGUUUGGAGCAUGUUUUCAUCGAAUAGUGGGUGUAAAAACAGAAUGCUUUACUUAAAUUACCAUUAAACCUCCGUUUUGAAAUGAAAUUGGAAAAGAAAGCAAGUGCACCGGGCUUUCGUUAAGCCCUGUUCCGUGUUCCGUAAACGUGUUACCGUGUUUUUUUAUUACAAAGACUAGUUUAAAGAGAAAACAAAAUGACCACGACGACCGUACAAAACCAACCGAAGUCUAACAAUUCACAGCACAAUACACCACCUGCAAAGCUUCAGAAGACGUAUGGGAAGAUAGUUUUGACGCUCUACAAUUGUCUUCUACCGGAAUCAGUAUUCAAGGAGACACCUUCACAAGCUGAUAGCCUUGACAUCGAAACUGAGACAGAUCUUAGGAUCCUGGGUUGCGAAAUGAUACAAACAGCUGGCAUCCUGCUCCGGCUACCCCAAGUAGCUAUGGCGACUGGUCAGAUUUAUCUACAAAGGUUUUACUACUCGAAAUCAUUUGUACGAUAUCCCAUGGAAACUAUGGCAAUGGGUAGCAUAUACUUAGCGUCUAAAGUCGAAGAGAAACCAUGCAGAAUAAGAGAUGUAAUCAACGUGUUUCACCACAUCAAACAGGUCAGAGCGCAGAAAACAAUAAGUCCAAUGUUAGUUGACCAAAAUUACAUAGAAUUGAAAAAUCAGGUCAUCAAAGCUGAAAGACGUAUCUUAAAAGAGCUCGGAUUCUGUGUACAUGUUAAACAUCCACACAAACUUAUUGUGGUUUACUUACAAUUACUGCAAUAUGAAAAAAACCGCCAACUAAUGCAAAUGGCUUGGAACUACAUGAAUGAUGCUCUAAGGACAGAUGUCUUUAUGAGAUUUCCUCCUGAAACCAUUGCAUGUGCUUGUAUUUACUUGACGGCCAGAAAAAUAGGUUUGCCGCUGCCCAAUAACCCACACUGGUUCCUUCUAUUCAAAGUUACAGAAGAUGAUAUCAGGGAAGUGUCAAUGAGGAUACUACAAUUGUAUAAACGUGCUAAAGUCAACCCUGAAGAAUUGGAGACUAAAGUUGAAAACCUCCGCAAAAUAUACAUAGCUAAUAAACAUUCACAGGCAAUAAAAGAUAAAGAAGCUAAGAACGAAGAAAAGAAACCCGAAUCACCCACUGCAUCAACUUCUAAAGACACCAGACGGGAUACUAAGAAAGAAAAAUCUCCUAAAACUCCACCUUUAUCCUCAAAGUAUCACAGUAGUCAUAAAUCAAAGAAGGAGCGGAGAUCAAGAUCUCCUUAUGAUAAGAAGAGGGAUUAUUCAAGUAAGAGGCAUCGUUCAAGGUCUCGUGAUCGUGAUGCAGAUCGUUCUAAGGAUCGGAGAUCUGAUGACAAGCGUAGUAGGAUGUCAUCGAGGAAAUAUGAUGAUUAUGACAGGUCAAAGUCAAGUCGUGAUGGACGGGAUGACAAAAGGAAACAUUAGUAACCUAAAUGCUAGUAUGUUUGCUACACAGAUGUUAAAACACAGACUGAUAGGUAUUUUAGUAGUGCUUUGUGAUUAUAAAAAAUGGUUUUUGCUACAAUUAAAAUU